UAUAACAGUUCUUUGUGAUAGUUAUCAUCAACGCUGAAAUCCGUGUUGUUAUUCCACUUUUUUCAACAUCAUUUUGGAAAUGGAGAUGAGCGAUAAUGUGUAUGCAAAUUCAGGAAUUACAGCAGAUGGCGGAUCUACUGAUUCAAAUGCAAGCAAGAAUUCAUACGAAGAUAUCUAUGCGAAUGAAGACGUCCUGGAGACUAAUGUGACCAGAAGCCAUAAAGCAACCAUGACCUCAGUUUCAGGAAUGCAUGUGACAGGAAUUAGAUGCUACAGACUGACUGCAGUGUGUCUGGGGCUGCUGUGUGUUCUCCUCCUGGCUGCCAUCGCAGUGCUGUGGGUCAAGUUCACCACAGAGAGAGACCAGUUACAGUCCAGUUACACCAACCUGACUAUAGAGAGAGACCAGUUACAGACAAGUUACACCAACCUGACUAUAGAGAGAGACCAGAUAGAGAAGGACAGAGAUGGCCUCCAGAAGAAGCUGCUUGAAAUAGCCAUCAAACAGGGAUGGAGAUACUUCAGCUCUCAUAUAUACUACAUCUCUGCUGAUAAGAAGAGCUGGAGCGAGAGCAGACAGGACUGCAGACAGAGAGGAGCAGACCUGCUGAUCAUAAACAGCAGAGAAGAACAGGAGUUCAUCAAUAUAACUUUUGGUGGUUAUGAAGCUUGGAUUGGUCUGACGGACGAGAGCACAGAAGGGAUUUGGAAAUGGGUGGAUGGCUCCCCACUGACCACUGAGUUCUGGUGGGAGAGGGAGCCCAAUGAUUAUGGAGGAAAUGAGGAUUGUGCCAUAACUGGUUAUAGAGGUGCUGGUUCUGAUAGUGUAUCAACCUGGGCUGAUUAUCCUUGUAGUCAUCCUGUAGUUGGGAUCUGUAAGAGAAUGCUUAACAGCAAGUGAAUGGUAGUUACUACUGGAAAUGAUUUGAAAAAGAGGACUCUGCCAUCAUUAAUGCAUGCAUUAAACGGUCUCAAUUAUUAAAAUGUUUUAAUAACU